AGGAAUGGGUCACUUGCGACGCAUGACUUGUCAGAUGGGAGACGUACCUGUAAACAUGUACUCAUUAGCGCUACUGACAGCAGCGCAGAUCAUCAGCGCAGCGCUUGCUAUCGCACCCGACCCAAACUCCUACAGAUGCCCAAACGGCUACCACUUUUCUGUUGGAAAAUGCUACAAGAUAGUAGCGGACGCCAAGGACUACGCAGAGGCUCAGACCCACUGUGAGAGCACCGGUGGUACCCUGGCUAGCCCCAACAGCCAGGAGGAACUGGACGCAAUCUUGCAGUUGGCCAGCCAGCACCCGGCACAAGUGCCUUCCCUGUGGCUGGGCUAUACUGAUGAAGGUCAUGAAGGGAUGUUCACGGACAACUUCGGCAAGGUCCUGACCCAUGCACCGUUCCCUCAAGGGGAGCCCAAUAACUGCUGUGGUGGGGAGCAUUGUUUGCAACUGUUCAAGAACGGGCUGCUGAAUGACAUGGGCUGUCACAGAAAACUCAACUUCGUCUGUUCUGCGUGUGUACAAGAUGAGAGAUGCCGUUGCCCUGCGCUGUGGCACGAGCACGCGGGGCAUUGCUACAGGUUCUUCGGCCGGCGGCGGUCCUUUGAGGAUGGCGAAGCUCACUGCCAAAGCUACCACAACGGUCACGGUCAGUCGGCCCACCUGGCCUCCGUGAGCUGCCGGGCUGAGAACAAUUUCAUUACGGACAUAAUUGAUCAGUCCUGGCCCGGCCAGGGACUCAAAAGGGCAUGGUUGGGAUUUACGGAUAAGCAGCAUGAGGGCAACUUUGAAUGGACUGACCAGUCCAAGGUGGAAUACACCAACUGGAAAUCUGGAGAGCCGAGCAACGGAGGGAACAAAGAUUGCGUCGUGAUCAACUUCAUGGCAGUGGGCAAAUGGAACGACAUCUCCUGCCAAUUGAAGCGAUCUUCCGUGUGCAAGAUGCCGGUAUUUGACCCGUACAGAGCGUGCCACAAGCUGGCAGAUAUUAUCGAAGAUCUGAUUGGCAAAUGCGACGCGGCUGUCCCCGCUAAGUAAAAAUCUUCGAAGCAAUCCCUGUGUUGCAGAAGUUAAGUAGACCUACAGAAAAUCAUCUCAGACAUCCAUAAAAAACGUUCAAAUUCAGCUGAAGUUUCGACUACUCCACAUCAGAAAGAUCUGUUUAUGGCGUUUAAGUUGCCCUUUCUUUUCUGCGUGUACUGAAUACAUUGGUUGUUAGGAAGUCUUGGACUUAAAUUUUCACAAUCCGCCUUGUUUUGUCACAGUGUGUGUGUGGGGGGGGGGUCAAUAGCCUAUUCCCCCAUGGAGGGGAUAUAUACCCCCAUCCCCAGAGAUUUACACACACCCCCGUGACAGUUUCUGUCGGCCAUCUGACGUGAAUACAUAUUUUAAAAACAAAAUAUAGCAGGCCAAGAUUAGUUGCAAAACAAUUUAGAUAAACAAGUCACCCGAUGGGUUAAACUACACCAGUUUCCAUGCUAAGUUCGUUGUUCUAGUUAGGUCUUUUGCUACAGUGAUAUCUUACAUUCCCUCACACCUCCAAAUACUUCACUUUUUCCGCCAGCUCUCCAACACUCACAAUAUGGGGGAAUCGAUGCUAAGUAUCGUUGGGUGAAAAGAUUCGUUACCGACACCCUCUUAAAAAUCGAACACCCUACCAUAUAAAAAGCCACAAACCCUUGGAUGAGUCACUUGUAUUACUUGUGGGUACCUAAUGUUGCCAGACAUGUCAGAAUACUCACAUGAAAGAUUCACAUUUCUUCUGCAUAAAUGUCACCAUAUUUGGUUGUUCUUAAAACAGCAAACGGUUUGGAGGAAUUCUUUGUCAUUUGAAUUGUUCAAUAAUAGUAAUUCAUUGACUGACACAUAGCAAAAAUAAAUGGAAUUAUAAACAAUUGAAAUGUGUCGAUCUUGGUGUCUUUGAUGGAGCUUGGAGUUGC